AAAACUCCAUGUUAACUUCAGUUUCCUUUCCCACUUUGAUAGAGUGAAAAUGAGUGGUUUUAUUAUCCCAAAUACACCCAUUGCUGUGGAUUUCUGGAGGGCCAGGCAGUGCAAUCAUGUCCGACUCUUCUUCCUGACCCACAUGCACAAGGAUCAUACUGGUGGGUUGUCUUCUUCGUGGAAACAUCCUGUGUACUGUUCACCAGUCACUGCAAAGCUUCUCAACCAUAUUGAGCAGGUUGAUAAUAAAUGGAUCAAGCCCUUGGAGGUUGGACAGUGUCAUAUGCUGCGUUUGGAUGAAACUGGGCAAGAAACGGUUACAGUCACAUUAAUAGAUGCCAAUCAUUGCCCAGGCUCCGUUAUGUUUCUGUUUGAGGGUUACUUUGGCACUAUACUAUGCACAGGAGAUUUCCGCUACAGCCCAUCUAUGCUGAAUUGCCCACCCUUGCAGAACAAAAAGACCAUUGAUGUUUUGUAUUUGGACAAUACAAACUGUAACCCUGCUCAGAAACUCCCCUCUCGCAAGGAAGCAACCGAUCAGAUAAAAGAAAUCAUUGAAAAGCAUCCAGAACAUAAUAUAGUGAUUGGUCUUUAUACGAUUGGAAAAGAGUCCCUUUUGGUUGACUUGGCAAAGUACUUUAAAACUUGGGUGGUUGUAACCCCUCAACGUCUAGAACUGCUUAAAAUCAUUGAAAUAGAAAAUGUAUUUGAAAUUAAAAAUGGAGCAGGUAGAAUCAUCGCUGUUUAUCAUAAAGAAAUCACUUAUGGCAAUAUGGUGCGUUGGAACCGUGACCAUUCAACUAUCGCUAUUAUACCCACCAGUCGUGAAAUCAAACCACACCAUGAGGACAUCCAUGUUGUUCCAUACUCUGAUCAUUCUUCCUUUGAAGAACUUACCGAAUUUGUAUCAAGACUCAAACCUUGUUCAAUUGUUCCUGUGGUGAAAACUGAAAAAUGUGAAACUUAUUUCAAAAGUUACUUGAGUGCUACAAAGAAGCACGAAGUAACAAUUCCUGAAACUGUAAAGGCCUACAUGAAGAAUCCCGAUAGGAUGGCAGAAAGAUUGAUUAGAUAUCCACUCAGAAAUUUAAUUCGCAAGCGUGCUGCAAAAGGUGUUGAGACUUUUGAAGACAAUUUACAAUUUGUAGUGGAACAUCAGAAAUGCAGCGUAACACUCUAUAAAGAAAAAUACAGUUCACCUAGGAAAACUGUGAAGAAAAAAACAAGAAAAAAUCCUAAUAGAUACAAUAUAUUUAAUUAA